ACAUAUUACCAGGAAAAAAAAAAAAAAAUUCGUUUCAGUCUUUAAAGUAUCUUUUCCGUUCCCCAGCUACAAGACGAUCAAAUGCGAAUCACAGGAUAAUAGUUUAUAUUAGUAGUAUAAUUUACAGUGCGGAAACAACACCCUAUAGCAAAACCCGUGCAAUUUUCAUACUCUUUCUGCUUAUUGCCUUAUUUCCCGAGAACAUCUUGCUUUCUCCCCCGAGAAAUUCUUUUUUGUUUUUUUUUUUUUUAUAAUUUUUUUUAUCCCUUUUCAGCUUUUCUUACAUCUUUACAUAUAGAUUUUUCCAUUUUUGUAUUGAAAAUUUAAAAUAGGAUAAAAAGUCAAAAGAGUAAUCACAGAUUUAAUACUUCACAGAAGUUAGAGAGAGGUAUUUUUGCUCGUAGUUGCGAUGGGAAAGGUGGCGGUGGGAGCGGCGGUUGUCUGCUCGGCUGCUGUUUGUGCGGCGGCGGCGCUGAUAGUCAGGCACAGGAUGCAGAGCUCUGGUAGGUGGGCCAGGGCUAUGGCGAUACUAAGAGAAUUCGAGGAGAAGUGUGGGACUCCGAUUGGGAAGCUACGCCAAGUGGCCGAUGCUAUGACUGUGGAGAUGCAUGCAGGUCUUGCAUCGGAAGGUGGAAGUAAGCUUAAGAUGCUCAUCAGCUACGUUGACAAUCUUCCCACUGGAGACGAGAAGGGAUUGUUUUAUGCAUUGGACCUUGGUGGCACAAAUUUUCGUGUCAUACGGGUACUAUUGGGUGGGAGAGAAGAUCGAGUUGUCAAACAAGAAUUUGAGGAAGUUUCAAUUCCUCCACACUUGAUGACUGGAUCAUCAGAUGCAUUAUUUGAUUAUAUCGCUGAAGCACUCGCCAAAUUUGUAGCUACAGAAGGUGAAGGUUUGCAUCCUUCACCUGGUCAACAAAGGGAAUUGGGCUUUACCUUCUCAUUUCCAGUUAGGCAAACAUCAAUAGCAUCAGGAACUCUUAUAAAAUGGACAAAAGGCUUCUCCAUAGAGGACACGGUUGGGCAAGAUGUGGUGGGAGAACUGACAAAAGCCAUGGAAAGAGUUGGACUUGACAUGCGUGUGGCAGCUUUGGUCAAUGAUACAAUUGGGACAUUAGCUGGAGGUAGAUACUACGACCAGGAUGUUAUUGCUGCUGUAAUCUUGGGGACUGGAACAAAUGCUGCAUAUGUAGAACGAGCACAAGCAAUUCCCAAGUGGCAUGGUCUUCUACCAAAAACUGGAGAAAUGGUUAUCAACAUGGAGUGGGGUAACUUUCGGUCGUCGCACCUACCAUUGACAAAAUAUGAUCAAGCCCUGGAUGACGACUCUCUGAAUCCAGGGGAACAGAUUUUUGAAAAGACUAUUUCUGGUAUGUAUUUGGGAGAAAUAGUACGCAGAGUCCUAGUGGAAAUGGCUGAGGAAGCUGCUUUCUUUGGUGAUGUUGUUCCAUCAAAACUGAAGAUUCCAUUUAUUUUAAGGACUCCAGACAUGUCUGCAAUGCAUCAUGAUACGUCUUCAGAUCUGAGAGUUGUCGGAAGCAAACUAAAAGAUAUCUUAGAGAUACCUAAUACCUCCCUGAAAAUGAGAAAAGUUAUUGUUGAGCUCUGUGGCAUUGUUGCCUCUCGUGGUGCCCGCCUAUCUGCUGCUGGAAUUGCAGGCGUCCUAAAGAAAUUGGGAAGGGAUACAGUGAAGGAUGGGGAAAAGCAGAGGUCGGUAAUAGCAUUGGAUGGUGGGUUGUUUGAGCACUACACUAAAUUCCGUGUCUGCAUGGAGAGCACUCUCAAGGAGUUGCUUGGAGAGGAAGUUUCUGAGAGCAUUGUAAUUGAGCACUCGAAUGAUGGCUCUGGCAUUGGAGCAGCCCUCCUGGCUGCCUCCCACUCCCAAUACCUAGAUGUGGCAGAAUCUUGAAAAGGUAUAGAUAGAUAAAAGGAAUGUACAUUUUUUAAAUUUUUAUACAUUAUCCAUUCCCCCUUCCUAUCAGUUACUCCAGAUCAUCUAGAGCUACUGAUGACUCCUAGUUCAUGAGGUAAUGCCAGCAAGUUCUUAGUGUAUGGUCUUAUAGAGCUUAUAAUUAGUGAUGGAUCAAAUACUCGCAUAGUGCCAGCCAUGUUCUCAAGCUUCCAUGCCUAGGCCUGCUAUUUUGAUCCCUCGUCUCUCUCUUUCUUUUUUGUACUUUAAUUUAUAGGAGCUGGUAAAUAAAACUGGGGGAUGUAAAAACUUCUGCUAUUUGAGUAGCAACAUUCGGCAAAUAUGUUUCUCUGGUCAAUUGGAAAUAAGGAGGAGAUUUUCUUUUAU